UUCGGCUAUUAUGCAAUCUCAGUAAAGCCCAAAAAUCAAGGUUCAGCUAUUCUCAGCUAUCACUUGAUAUGCGGAUUAGUUUCUAAAAGGAAGAGGUGCAACUCACUUAAGGAAAGUCUGAGCAUCAGCAAACAUGGGAGACUGGGGAUUUCUCUCGUCGUUAUUAGACAAAGUACAGUCCCACUCCACCGUCAUCGGCAAGAUAUGGAUGAGCGUCCUUUUCAUCUUCAGGAUCCUGGUGCUGGGAGCAGCGGCUGAGAGCGUUUGGGGUGAUGAACAAUCUAAUUUGGUUUGCAAUACGAUGCAACCUGGUUGUGAGAAUGUGUGCUACGACUGGCAAUUCCCAAUCUCGCACAUCCGCUUCUGGGUCUUGCAGAUCAUAUUUGUAUCCACUCCAACUUUGGUAUACCUGGGUCAUGCGGUGCAAGUCAUUCAUGAAGAGAACAAACUCAGAGAGAAAAUACAAAAUCUUGGCGACGGCCACAUGUUGAAGGCACCCAAAUACACAGAUGACAGAGGUCAUGUCAAAAUUAAAGGAAACCUGCUCGGCAGCUAUCUAACCCAGCUGUUUUUUAAAAUCAUCCUGGAGAUUGCAUUCAUUGUCGGACAGUAUUAUUUAUACGGCUUUGUAAUGGUAGCCAAGUUUACAUGUUCCCAAUCCCCCUGCCCUUACACCGUAGAAUGUUUCAUGUCUCGUCCAACAGAGAAGACCAUCUUCAUCAUCUUUAUGCUAGUGGUAGCCUGUGUGUCUCUGCUACUGAAUGUCAUAGAGGUGUUUUACCUACUGUUCACCAGGGUCAGAUGCCGGACCAGCAAGAGACAGACACAUAAUGUCACUACAGGUAAAAAACCUGGAAGUCUGGCAUCAUCCUGGAUGACCUCUGAAGACGCUUUGAAGCAAAACAUAAUGAACAAGCAUUAUGAGAGCGGACAGAGUCUUGGAGGAAGCCUGGAUGGGGCAAAAGAAGAAAAAAUGAUGGAAGACCAUUAGAUUUAGAUUUUUUUUGUCUCUCAGAAAUUUCACCAAUCUGCCACAUUUAGAAAAACAUCUCUACCAUUUGUUUUCCAUUGCUCUAAGCUUAUGGUCCAGUAUUUAUACACUGAAAAAAAUAAAGUAUUGGUAUGAUACUCCUCAAACGGAGUGUGUUAUUUAAUUAUUUUAUGAUUAUUUUGUGCACAAUGCAUGUUUGACUUUUAAUUGGAUAGUUUUGAUGUACAACAGUGAAAAAAAAUAUACUGUUGUAUGAUUGUAUAUAUUGUGUGUAAAUAUAUGUAUAAGAGUCAGUAAGUGACUUAAGCACUGUCUGCAUAUCUUGUUUGUGUGAUGUUGUGAUUUUAUAUAUUUUCCGUUACAAUGAAACCAAUUUAAAGUCAUUUGUUUUCUGAAUGUAAACUGGUGUCAGUGAUGUUUAACGAGCAUAAUGACAAUAUCCUUCUUGGAAAUAAAACUUUUAAAUCAA